UGAAAAGGCAACGCACUUGUGUCUUCGAACGCGCGCUAUACGCGUAUUAGAUGCGAAAGGAUUUAAAACUUUUUGGAAGGUGAAAUUUUGGAACUUUUGCGACAAAUCGACUUGGAAUAGGUAGUUGAAGUAUAGAAGAGGGGGCGGUUCAGGUCUAAAGAUGAAUUAUACCUUCCAAAAUUCCAGCGAGGGUUUUUUUCUCUCAACCGCUACAUUUUACAAUUCAGGAAACAGCUUGGAUAAUAUAUACAAUAAGCUGAGAGAUGAUUUGAGGAACGACGAGUUUGUUGUCAUAGGAAUCUACGUUCCCGUAUUUCUUCUUGCUCUGAUAGCUAACGUUUUGUUAAUCGUCAUCGUAAUCAAAGAUCGUUACAUGCAAAAUGUGACAAAUUAUUUUUUGGUGAAUCUUUCGAUCGCAGACCUUCUAGUGACGUUAAUAUGUAUGCCGAAUGCUGCCUGGAACGCUUACACCAAGUAUUACGGAUUUGGAUCGCUUACAUGCAAGAUAACAGCCUACCUACAAUGUAUAGCUGUUGCAUCAAGCAUUUUUACUAUAACUGCGAUGGCGAUUGACAGGUAUCUUGCAAUAAUAAGACCGUUUAGUUUGAGAUACCGCUGCUUCAAGAAAACAACUACAGUUAUAGUUAUACUGGCACUUUGGAUGUUUUCGCUGUUGUUGUUUUGCCCGAACUUAUGGAACGUUGAAUUGCAAAAGCUGUUUCCGGGCACUCCAAUCGACAUAUAUAUGUGCACCGUCGUGUUUUCCGAUUUUCCCAUAAACCAAGACGUUCUUGGAAUUGUAUGGUUUAUUUUCAUGUUCGCGAUUCCAGGGUUGAUCAUGACUGUGGCGUAUGCAUUAAUGGGUCGUACUCUAUGUUCCAACAUGCCUCCGUUUGACAGUAAUGAGCCAACUUGUACACAACAGAGGAAUCGCUUAUUGAGAUCGAGAAAGAGGGUAGCUUGUAUUCUUCUACUUCUGGCGUUCGUAUUCGCUAUAUGUUGGCUGCCAUAUCACAUCGCAAACCUCAUUAUGGAUACGAAUGUCUUGCCGGUUGAACAAAGAAAGCAAAUUAUUGCGAUCAACCCGUACCUCUUACUUCUGGGACACGCAAAUUCAGCAUUAAAUCCGAUCAUAUAUUGCAUACUGUCUCGAAACUUUAGAAAUUCUAUAAAGAGUUUAUUGAAGACGAAAAUAAGAUGCAAAAGAAGAGCUAGACCACCACCCUGGGUAGAUAGUUCCGCUUCCGGGAUUCAACCGCCGUCGAAUAAAAUGAUUAAAGCAGUGCCGCUACUUCAACCGCCACACAACGACGCAGCGCUCAGCAGAAGACAGUCAUCUCAGAAAACGACGAAAACUUGUGCCGUUUAGAUAAUACUAAGUCAGCGAAACCAUUUGUACCUUCUUAAGAUUUUUUAUAUCACACGUAAUUCGCGUAUUAUGUAAACUAACUCUGCGAGAUGACCGACGCAAAACGGGUCAAUUCUUUUAAUUUUUUAUUCGUUACCACGUGCUUUUUACCCAGUCGUGGUAUCAGCUAACUUGUUGAGGCGUCAGCAAAUUUAAGCACACAGCCGCAUUUUUAUAUAAGAAUUUUAUAAAUCUACAGAUUAGUGCGUAAUACACAAUUCGGUAAAAUUACGAAAAUUUAGGUGAAACAACGAUUAAAGGUGCAAUUUCGGUGGUGCUGCUCGAGCUGCGCUUCUAGAGACGCUGGCCGCGGCAGCUGAGAUGUUUUCAGUGAACGCAGUUCUAGGCAGCAAUUGACUGUGGACUUUAGCAUUUUUGUCAUUUUAAAUUUCGCGGGGUUUAUUAAAAAUUAUGGAGUACGACGAUUUGAUAACUAGUUUUAUUUGAAGAAGAUUAAGGUGAAGAAGAAUUUUACCAAAUGUUAUCUGGAAAAUGGUGUAAAGUAGAUAAAAUGUUUAAAAGGUGACGCAAGGAACGUUAUUUUUGUUUAUUAAUAAAUAAUCAUCUAAAUGAAGAUGAAAAAAGUUUAGGGAAUUUUUCCGAUUGAAUCCCGAUCAGUUCCGAUUUUUCCAAAUUUUGUUAAAUAUCCCAUCAUAUCCGAAGAAAAAUUGGCCCCGACAUUAAGGUAAAAAAAAAUAAUUAUGCAAGUAAUUUUUUAUUUUUAAAAAAUAAAUAAAAAAAUACAAAUGCUUAUGACCUGCAUGGUCAACAUAUUUUGCGGAAAUAAUAUAAUCACUCUAAAUUAGUAUUCAUCCUCGCAUUGAUCCUCAUCGUACUGUGGAUCAAAAACCUGAAAAUAAUUAUUUAAUCGUGGUACCGAAGGUGAUUAAGAGUUGGGAUUAAAAAGACGUCAUUGAUUAAAUGUUUUUGAUGGUUGAGUGGGUCGUGACUUGAGUAUUUUGACUUUGAUGGAGUAUUUCAGAAUUUUGUGUAGGUGAUUGUGGUGGUUGGGAGUUGUGAGUCAAAGAAUGCAAUUGGGGUUCUGGAAGAAUAAACUUGAUUGGGUGGAUAUUAGGUGCACGUGGUUGGGAUGGUUGUGAGCUAUAAGUGUCAGUAUAUAAUUGAGAGUUCUGGACUGCUUCAAUUUCAAAUAAUGCCUUUAUUUAUUAACGAUAGUGGUAACUUUUUGACGGUUAAGGCAAUACUCGAUCUUUUUUCUGUUAUAAAUACCCUCCAACAUGUUCAUUCCUUUUUGUGAUCUCUCUUCAAAAGCAAUUGUUGAUACACUUUUUAUAGUUCUAGAUUUGAACUUUCGAUUUAGUGCCGGUGUCGAGCACUCUCUUUCAGUCGCUGAAUCAUCUAGACGUUGUGGACUCAAAAUUGUCGUUGAAGUGUCUUGUUCACGAGAGAUGUUUGAGCUUUCUAUAUAUUCAACUUCCAGAUUGGCACUAUUUCUUGUAGAUUCAUCGCAAUUAGAAGCAGAAGUCUUUGAAGCAGUAGCAGAUCUUUGUGUCAUCGUCACUUUUUAAUGCUAAUAUAUUUUUGGAUUUGCGUUCAUGUUUUACCUCGUCUAAAAAUUAAAGUUGCCCAAACAGCAUCCAUUUUAUUGGUUUGUCUUCAAUUAUAGGCAAAGAAAAAAUUAAUAGUGAGGUAUUCUAAGAACCACAAAAUAUUCGAUUACCCUCGAAAUCAUGCAAAAAAUAGAUAAUUUGAUUUUGUAAAUGUAUGAUAAUACAUUUUAAUUGACUGGAGGUUUAUGGCAACUGGUGAAACGUUCAAAUCCCUUGUAUUUGCCUUUAGAAUUUCACCUAGCUAUAUCAGCAUAAUUAUUAAUAAAACACUGGUUGCGAUACGCAAGACUUUAAUACCUAUUUUUUUGUCGCCACCAACCAAAGAAGUUUUAAAAGAGAAUGCUGAAGAAUUUUGGAAUCACUGGAAUUUUCAUAACUGCGUGGCAGCUAUAAACGGCAAAUAUAUCAGAAUUUUUGCACCAGCAAAAUCUACUUCUUUCCAUUUUAAUUAUAAGGAUUACUGUUCCGUAGUUCUUCUUGUAAUGGUUAAUACAAAUUAUUAAUUUAUUGCUUUGGAUGUAGGAAGGCGUCAAUGCAAUUUCUAAUAAGUCUGCUUUUGUUAAAAUAUAUUGGUUAAUGAAAACUUUUUUCCCUCUAAUCAAAAAUUGCCAAAUUCAAACAGAGUUUUACCAUACGUAAUUAUUGGUGACAAAACCUUUCGUUUGCACCAGAAUAUUAUGACGCCUUUUAAUAAAACUUGAGCAAAUUCUGAAAAAUCCAAAGCUAUUUUUAAUUAUAGAUUGAUCCGUGCUCGAAGAGUCACCGAAAAUGCGUUUAGUUUACUUUGUCAGGUUUUUAGAGUGUUUUAUACAUAUAUAAUUGUAAAACCAAAGGUAUGCGAUGAUUCAAUUUUUUCCGCUUGUUGUUUUGCACAAGUUAUGCAUACUUGGAAAAAAAUAAUUUAUCUCCGUAUUACGAAUAUAACCCAAAUGAACAAAAUACGCAAAUCAUGCAAAAUUUGAGGUUUUCAAGAUUCUGAUGGAUUUCGCUUCAGAUACGAGUAUAUGAACUUUUUCGUCUAGCAAGAAAAAAUGAUUUCCAAAGAAAAAUAUACCAUAAAUUAAAAAUAAUUUAUACAACAUAUGUAGGUACUUAAUUCAAAUCUUGUUUUAUUAUAGCUAGAUUAUUUCUCGAAUAAAUAAGUCCAUAGCAAAUAUUGGAAACUCAAAAUAUAAAAAUAUAUAGGUAUGACGUAGGAACCAAAAAAAUGUUUGCUGUUUAAAUAGCGCUUGUGAAAUAAUCUCUGGUUAACAAGAUCUAAUGAAAUUUAUAUCGCACAUGAAAGACGCUGAUAGUUUGCAGACAAUUCGGAGCGUUCCCGCCAGUUUUCUGGCAGGCGACAGACAGUUUUUAUCGGAUUUUAAUUUAUAUGAGAGCAAGGGUAGUUAUUCCGGUAGGUAUGCGGUAGAAAAAUUAACUAACAACUAAUAACUACGCUAUUAAAAUUUACAAGUCAUUUCGCCGAAUUUAAUGUAACCAUUAAAAUAGUAUAAAUUUGUUUACAAUAUGAUCCAAAUCUUAUUUUUUAAAUUAUUUAGCCAGCUUCUUCCAACAAUUUUCUUCAAUAACAAAUUUUUUGUAAUUUUUGUCUUCAUAAUCAUAAAUUACAGGACAUUUUUGUAUUUCGUUGAUUCAAAUUUUAUCGUCAUUUCCCGGGCUGCCGUCGCUUUAAUCGCGAUGAGCAGCCAGCCGCAGCACUGAAAUCGCACCUUAAAGCCUUCAAUUUCUAAAGCGAUAUUUUGUUCCAAGAGUGGACGCUUUUACGACAAAUAAAAAUCGACUAGUGUUUGACAAGUGGAAAGUUUUCUAUCAUUUUAUAUUGACUAGCUGUUUAUACUUGAUUUACUGCAGUAUAUAAAAUAAUAUUAUAGUUAUGGAGAUUAAAUAAAUUUAUUUCUCGUGUGCCUAUUUGAAGACUGUUUUUCAGUAUACUCCACUGCAAGAUCAAUUUUAUUUUUCUAUUUAAGACAAGAAAAAUACAUAAUACAAAUAAACAUAUCGUUGACUAAAAUAAUAAAAAGGAAUCUCAAAUGGUACCUAAAAAGAAUAUAGAUAAUAUAGUGGGCCUACUACUAUUUUCGUAAAAAUGCAACAUCCAAACCUAUUGCCGAAUUGUUAGCGGCUAUGUUGGUUGUCGAAUGCCGCAACGUGUUAAACUUUUCAAAGAAGAGAUUUGUGUAAUAAGGAAAUAUCGAUGAUAUAUUUUUGUAGAAUUUGCGACAAUUAGCUGUCCCUAUGAAACUAAGCCUGAUUUAAUUUAUGUUGCCUUUCCAUAGAGUUUUGAAAAAAAAAUGCGUUAUUUGAAUACCAAAUAAGAAAAAAUAUUUGUGAACGGCACUGGUUUACUUUUUUUGUAAACUAUUAAAUGUUUAAAAAUCUCAAGUACAUUCCAGGAAAACAGAUUCGCGUGUAAUUGUGAAAACAUAAAUUUAAAAUUAACAUCCCAUAAUAACAACAAAACAAAACAUUGUCACAAAACGGUAUAUCUCAUUGCAGGCUUCGCAAACGUCACAAAACUACAUAUUUGUUAAAUACAUGAAUGGAUUAUAUAAGUUGAAAGCGAGAUGGCACGCGCAUAAAAAACCAUAGUCUAUUGAUAAAAAUAAAUUUGUAUGGUACGAUGAAUCCGUACAAAACAAUACUGAUCUGAAUUUGAAAUAUCGAUUAUUGACUCAAAUCCAAAUCCAUUCCAAAUGUCGAAUCUUUAAAACGUAUAAUCUAAUUAUGAAGAAAAUGAAUUUGCUAAUAUAUACGCAAGAUGAAACUUAUUGUUGAUAAAUUGUAUCAUAACUUCAAUAAGGGUCUCGACAAGAGUACCUACAUGUUUCAUGUUAAUUUCAGAUGACAUGUCUUCCUUCCUUUAGGAGGUAAUAAACUGUCGAAUCGAUUAUUUGCUUAAUAACUAUUAUCUAUAUGAUAUUCGAUAGAAAAUAAAUUUUGUAACCCGAAACAACUAAUCGUUGAAACGACUUUUUAUAAAUGUUUAACAAUAGGAUUCUAAUGUAAACAAAGCACUGUUUCAUCAGCAAACGGGGAUCUGAUUACGUUUAUCGUAAAUUCUGCUAGGCUAUUAUACAAGUAGGUAAAUUUAGGAAUGCGAUUAACUCCACCAAGGAACCUGUACUGUACGAGUUCGGAUAAAUUGACGAUCAAAAUACAUUUCAGAAUGCUUAAAGUGCUAUUAACUCUUAAUUAAUUAAUUAAAAUUAAUUAAUGACCUAAGUAUAAACAAUUGUGAAAUGAGCUAUCCCUAUUACUUUCUAGGUAAUGCUUAGUUUUCUAAAACUAUUUAACUUAUUAAACAGUUUUUGUCCUAUAAGAUAAAGGAAUGUCGUUAAGACGUUUUUUUUUUAAGUUGUGAAGUAAAUGACGCAGGUCUAACACAAAUUCAUCAUUACUAUUAGUGCAAUUACAAAAAAUAAAACAAAACAAUAAUAAAUAUUGCUAAAAUAGUCCCCUCUUGAGCCAACAAGCGAUCGUUAUUUAUCUGAACAGGCAACUCAUUCACGCCACGAAAAGUAAAUUUGAAAUAAUGUUGAAUAUCUAAAUAGGUGUGUAACUUUUUUCAAAGUUGUUUGGUGUUGAAAUUAUUAUUGCAGUUUUUAUAGGUAUAAAUAUUUAUGCUUACGUACAUGGGAAUUAAAUGUCUAGAAU